UUGAAUUCCUCAGAAAUGAAGUGUGAAUGCGGGAGAAUAAGUUAUACCCUCAUGGAGUAAUUAAUUAUGUCCAAUGAAGACAAUCCAAAGUGGACAUCUUCUCGUAUAAAUACGAUUUCCGUCUCCACUUGGCGAUGUUUCAUCCUUUCAUUCUGAAGACGCCGAAUAUGUUAGGAUUGAUAGCAGUUUAUUUGUUGCUGGGUUCGACGAAUGGUAUGCAAAACAAUUUGGAGAGAGUUGGUAAUGGUAAAAAUUUGACUUGGACUUAUCAUGUUGAUGAGAAUCAUGAAAAGUUGGUCGCAUUUCAAAGGAAAGGAGAAGAUAAUACAAUUGUGGAUUGUUAUAUUUCCGGGGACAGAAUACAGAUAAAUGGGCUUUUGGAAAAAACACCUAAAACAGUUCUGUACACAGUGAAGAAGGAUAGUAUGGAGACCUUAAUUAGCAUUUGUAGCUAUGGUAAAUGGAAAGGAGUGUUCACAGGGGAAAACGGAGAAGAUGUUAGGAAAGAAUUUGGAAUAUUCAGUGAUUUCUUUAUAUAUCCAGGUACAAAAUGGUGUGGUGCUGGUAACAUAUCAGAGGAAUAUGAUGAUUUAGGUCCUGAAGUAGAUACUGAUAUGUGUUGUCGAACUCAUGACCAUUGCAAUGACAGCAUAUCCGCAUUUGGUUCCAAAUAUAACUUGGAGAACGAUACACCGGUGACCAAAUCUCACUGUGAUUGUGACGAUUUGUUCCAUGCAUGCCUGCAAGGGGCAAAUACCAAGACAUCCCAUCGAGUUGGCAGGCUUUAUUUUAACUUUCUCCAAAUGGACUGUUUUCGACAAGAUUAUCCAAUUAAGCGAUGCAAAAAAUACAGAGGGUGGGUUCGCCGAAGGUGUGAAGAAUAUGAGUUUGAUUUAGAAAGAGAACUCAUUCACCAGUUUUUUGAUGCCCGACAUUACGAACGCCCCUCAACUGAUGAGGAUGAUGAUGAUGAAGAUGAAGAAUAUAAAGAUGUAUUUUCGUAUAUGUUGCAUUUGGAACACGAAUAUGAAAUGGAUAGACUUGUAGAGAAUUAUUGAAAUGUACAAAAUAUGGAAAUAUCAUCUUUUCACCUCACUCAAAUACUGCAGUUCCUUAAUUUACAUGAUACA